UUCAGUGACUUCCGGCGUUAAAAUUAAACCUUCCAGCCUCUAAAAUCCAAACCUUUAAAGGCAGGAGCCUCGUUGUUUCUAUGGCAGCUGCACCUUUCUCUGACUGUAAACCCACAACGCUUUAAAAAUUCCGCCUAAAAAGAAGAAGCGUUCUUGUCCCUGUUUUGGGUCUUCAGCCAACGUGUACAACAACUACCCUGAGGAUCUAGGGGCAGCUCUUUACAGAGAGCAGUUUGACUUCAACGCCGAGCCGCCUUGGGAUCCUAGCUGAUAGCGGACGAGUUCCUCACAGGACUCCUCCGUGUAGUUUGUUGUAUUAAUCUAGGACCCCAGGGGCUCGACGGGGAAGCCGCGAGAACCAUUUUGGAGCAGCCACAUUCUUUAUGCCUGUCGGAUUAGAAGACCACGAUCAAGAGGAUGAAAGGGAUCACAGAUGAACCGCAGUAUUCUGUCAGCUUACUGGAUGGAGGCACCGCCCUUUGCGAUGUCAUUAAUAAUCACAUUGAACAGCAAACACAGUCUGAGAAGAACGCUUUCUUUGUAGCUGAUCUGGGAGUGAUUCUCAGGCAGCAUCGUCGCUGGCGAACUCACAUGCCCCAGAUCCGGCCGUACUAUGCGGUGAGAUGCAACAGCAGUCCAGCUGUGAUUGAGGUUCUCGCUGCCCUUGGCUCUGGCUUCACCUGCUCCAAUAAGUCUGAACUUGAGCUUGUGCAGAGCCACGGUAUUCCCUCAGAAGACAUCAUCUACAGCGGCGUUUGCAAACAAGUCUCCCAUUUAAAAUACACGGCUAAGAAUGGCAUUGAUCUUCUCGUCUGUGAUAAUGAAGCAGAGCUAUGGAAGAUCUCCCGCUGCCACCCUAACGCCAAGCUUUUGCUCCAGGUUUCUUCCGAGGCCUGGAACCCAGAUGAUGAGCUAGGCAUGACAUUUGGAUGCUCCCUCAAAGACUGCAGACAUCUCCUGGAGAGUGCCAAGGAGCUGGGGGUGCAAGUUGUGGGAGUCAGGUGUCACAUUUCCAGCGCGUGUGACGACCAGGUUUAUGUUCACGCAAUCUCUGAUGCCCGCUGCAUCUUUGACAUGGGAGAGGAAAUGGGAUUCAGAAUGAACCUCUUGGACAUCGGAGGUGGAUUCAGUGGCUCUGAGACCCAGCUGGAAAUGAUCAACUGUGCCGUCAUGUCUAUGGUGGACCUAUACUUCCCUUCUUCCUCUGGAGUUUCCAUUAUUGCAGAACCUGGGAGCUUCUUUGUUUCUACUGCAUUCACCCUGGCUGUGAGCAUCAUUUCCAAAGCGGUGGUCGCCCGUGAUUGCCAGGACCAGAAACAAAAUGAGCCGUCUCCCAACGAAGAGCCAGAGUUCCAGUAUUACAUGUGCGAGGGGGUGUACGGAUCGUUUUCAAGCAAACUCUCAGAAGCAGGGAUUGCUGCUCCAUCUGUUCAUAAGAAUCCCUCUGUGGACUGUCCAUUGUUCAGCAGCAGCUUGUGGGGCCCCUCUGGCGACGAUCUGGACCAGGUGGUGGACCACUGCCUGCUACCUGAGCUCAACGUAGGCGACUGGCUUCUCUUUGCCCACGCUGGAGCUUACACCCUGGGUCAGCCACUGUUCCCUUCCAGUGACUCCACGGCGCCCCCUGUCUACUAUGUGAUAUCUUCUAGAGACUGGAUAGAAAUGCAGGACACUGGUGUUACCGUGGAGACCAUGCUGAAGAACUUCUCAUGGAUCCCAUAUUUCAUCAGUUCCUCCCAAACUGAAGCUGCGCUGUCUGUUCCAGCUUAGCAGCCUCCUGGCCAUGAAGGCUUUUCCUUUGUCCCUCUGGUUUAUGCUGCUUUUUUAUUGUUGGUUUAAUGUUUUUAAGUUAUAAGAUUGGUCUAAAAGUACCGGGACAGGACUGACCUAACCUUAUAACUAAAUUGGUCUGCAGCAAAAAAAAUAGUGUUUUACGCUUCAUGCAUCUACGGUUUACUGAGGUAUAGAUUUGUAACAAGGUCUUCAGCAGUGUUGCUCAAUUUUAGAAGGUUUUUUAUUGAUACAUUUUACUGGAAAGAGCUUUGUGUAUUUAUAAUAAUAUUGUGUUGCAUAAAUUAUUAUAUAUGUUGAGCUUAAGUCCCAUCAGUUCAUUCACAUAUCUGCUGCUCUCAGUGUUCAGGUGGUAAAGUAGCUCAUCUUUUAUCUGUCAGACAACAAGUGUGGUGUGGUUUAAAAGCAUCAUCAGUCAGCUGGUUACCUAAAGACCUGAACGUCUUCCUGCCUGCACCACCACAGAGCCAGAACAUUAAACAGCAUGUGCUGCAGAUGGAACAGGAAAGUGUUGAUGGAUGAGGAAUCGGGAUUAUAUUUCUUGAGGGAAUCAGUACGUUGCUGAUGCUUAAAGUGUAUACCGGAUGUGUAAAACUCACAGGCUCUUCAAAAUGAAGGAAUGUGGCCAUCGUAUUGUAACAUGAAGGCGUGCUUUAGUUGCAUGUAUUACGUCUGAAGUCCUCUCCCGUUCAGAUUUUAAAGGUUUCUUGUUGCUGUGUCCAAAGGAACUGUAAUAAACACCUCAUUGAAUUCAACGUG